AUGGCGGCCAUUACCUCAACACGUCGCCAACGAGAAGAAGAGCACUUCCGCUUACACCAAGAUGCGCCCUCCACUCAGGAUACCGAAAUGAGCGAGGAGGCAGAGCAACAACACCAUUACAGCAACACUGGCCGCCAUGACGCCCACAACGUGGACGAACAUGAACACGACGACGAGGAAGAGGAGGAGCAGCGACAGGCCGAAGAGGAGGUUGAAGCAAGCAGUGCUACAGAGGGCGAAGGGGAGCAACAGGAGGAUCAACACGAGGACGAAGACGAUGACCAAGAUUCGGUCUCUUCCGACAGCUCAGACGACGGCAUUGUCGACCCCAACAUUCAGGACGACAUGGAGAAACUCCAAAACACCUUUCCAAAUUUCCGACAGCAAUACCGGCUGAUCAAGCGCAUUGGAGAAGGCACCUUUUCGACCGUUUACAAAGCCGAAGACCUCGUCUACGAUCAGUACGACAAUUCGUGGGACUACGAACAAGAAAGUGACAAGUGGGCGCCUCCCCCUCUCAGGACAUACGGACGCAGCUCGGGCUCCAGUAUGACCAGUCGCCCACGACGCAAACCCAAAUAUGUCGCCAUCAAGAAGAUCUACGUCACCUCCUCUCCCACCCGUAUUCUGAACGAGCUCGACUUGCUACACGACCUGCGCGGCUGCACAUCAGUCUGCCCCCUAAUCACGGCCUUCCGCGAGACCGACCAGGUUAUUGCUAUCCUCCCUUACUUCCGCCAUGCCGACUUCCGCGAAUACUUCCGCAAGAUGACACCUACGGAUAUCGCCAUCUACCUGCGGUCCCUCUUCACUGCUCUCGAGAGCGUCCACCGCCACAAGAUCCUUCACCGUGACAUCAAACCCACAAACUUUCUCUACGACCCCGCCACCAGGCGCGGUGUUCUCGUCGACUUUGGUCUUGCCGAGCGUGAGGGGUCCGAAUGCAAACCCUGCCUCUGCCAUGAGGAUUCGACCACCCGGCGCAACCGCCUCCGCACCGCCCACCUCAACUCCAGUGUGCCGCACAACGGCUACCCGAAACAAGACACGCGCCCCUCGCGGCGCGCCAACCGCGCUGGCACCCGAGGCUUCCGUGCGCCCGAAGUGCUGUUCAAGUGUACGGAGCAAACCACCAAAAUCGAUAUUUGGUCUGCCGGCGUGAUCCUCCUCACCAUCCUGUCCAAACGCUUCCCCUUCUUCAACUCAGCCGACGAUGUCGAAGCCAUGAUCGAGAUUGCCACCAUCUUCGGUAUUAAGCGCAUGCGACAGGCCGGCCAGCUCCAUGGGUGCAUGUUUGAGACGACCAUCCCGACGAUAGGUACGCAGGGGUUCAGUUUUGAGCGCAUUAUUCUCUGGAGCACGUGUCGGGAUACGGGCGUCAAGAUGCCCGAGGAUGAGAAAUUGGCGGUGGAGUUUUUGGCCAAGUGUAUGGACCUGGAUCCAGCGAGGAGAAUUAGUGCAGAGGAUGCAUUGAAUCAUCCCUUUCUGCAGAUGGGAUUAGAGAAGGAACAUGGCGGAAGCCAAAGUGGCGAGGAAGAGGAAGAGGCGGAGGAGGAUGAGAUGGAUAUCUUGCGGGUUUAGUGGCCUGGGUUCACGGAUUGUCUCCGGAGUAUUGUAUGACAUUGAUUGGCGAGGUGAGACAGUCCAAGGAGGGUGCGAAAGGUUAAAGGCGUUCAACCGGGAAUGGUAGCAUAAUAGGCGCAGGGCGUUGCAAGUUCAUAUUGGUGUAUGAAUUACUUAAAGUCGGGUCUGGCGGAUUCAUGAUUAGAUACGGUUUUAGAUACCAACCGAUCGCAUUGGCGCAGGGAGGUUGUUACUGUAGGUAGGCACAAUGCCUUAGCAUAGAGGUAUUCAUCGAUCUUGUUGCUGGA